GAGCGAGUCUCCCGGAGCCGCGCGGACCCAGCUGAGCCCAGCCCACUGGACGCCAGACCUCGACCAUCGCUCGUGUCCUAGCCACCGCUCGGAGCCGAGGCGGACGAGUCCCGAUCUUCCCCUGUCCCCACCCCGCCCCGACCCUCCUCUCCACCUCCCGCGUCGUGGCACCAGCUGUCUCCGGCAGCCCUUCGGUCAUGAAAUCGCUCAGGUUGCCGGCUCCUGUCCUCCUCUGCUUCCUUCUACUGACCAAGGGGUUGGGAGCAGCGCCCCCGGGGCACCCUGAGGCUCAGCCACCUCCCCCCAGCUCUGAGCAUAAAGAGCCGGUAGCUGGGGACGCAGUGCUCGGGCCGAAGGAUGUUAGCGCCCCAGAGGUCCGAGCCGCUAGAAAUUCAGAGCCGCAGGACGAGGGAGAGCUUUUCCAGGGCGUGGAUCCCCGGGCGCUGGCCGCGGUGCUGCUGCAGGCACUCGAUCGCCCGGCCUCGCCCCCAGCGCCUGGCGGCUCCCAGCAGCGGCCAGAGGAAGAAGCAGCAGAAGCUCUGCUGACCGAGACCGUGCGCAGCCAGACCCACAGUCUCCCAGCGCCAGAGACCCAGGCGCCCGCGGCCCCGCCUCGCCCUCAGACUCAGGAGAAUGGUCCCGAGGCGGCCGACCCCUCCGAGGAGCUCGAGGCGCUAGCUUCCCUGCUUCAGGAACUGCGAGAUUUCAGUCCGAGCAGUGCCAAGCGCCAGCAAGAGACGGCGGCAGCAGAGACGGAAACCCGCACGCACACGCUGACCCGAGUCAACCUGGAGAGCCCCGGGCCGGAGCGCGUGUGGCGGGCUUCCUGGGGAGAGUUCCAGGCGCGCGUCCCGGAGCGCGCGGCCCUGCCGCCGCCUGCUCCCCCGCAAUUCCAGGCGCGUAUGCCCGAGAGCGGGCCCCUUCCCGAAGCCCACCAGUUCGGGGAAGGAGUGUCCUCCCCCAAAACACACCUAGGUGAGGCAUUGGCACCCUUGUCCAAGGCGUACCAAGGCCUGGGCGCUCCCUUUACCAAGGCGCGCCGGCCGGAGACCUCACUCCUGGGCGGCUCUGAGGCGGGAGAGCGCCUUCUCCAGCAAGGGCUGGCGCAGGUGGAAGCCGGGCGGCGGCAGGCGGAGGCCACACGGCAGGCCGCGGCCCAGGAAGAGCGGCUGGCCGACCUCGCCUCCGACCUGCUGCUCCAGUAUUUGCUGCAGGGCGGGGCUCGGCAGCGCGGCCCGGGGGGUCGGGGGCUGCAGGAGGAGGAGGAGGAGCGAGAGACCGAGAGGGAGCAGGAGGCGGCGGAGCAGGAGAGACGCGGCGGGGAGGAGAGGGUGGGGGAAGAGGAUGAGGAGGCGGCGGAGGCGGAGGCGGAGGCGGAGGAGGCGGAGAGGGCGCGACAGAACGCGUUACUGUUCGCCGAGGAGGAGGACGGGGAAGCCGGAGCCGAAGACAAGCGCUCCCAGGAGGAGACGCCCGGCCACCGACGAAAGGAGGCCGCGGGGGCAGAGGAGGGCGGGGAGGAGGACGACGACGACGAAGAGAUGGACCCGCAGACAAUCGAUAGCCUCAUUGAGCUGUCCACCAAACUCCACCUGCCAGCGGACGACGUGGUCAGCAUCAUCGAGGAGGUGGAAGAGAAGCGGAAGCGGAAGAAGAACGCCCCUCCCGAGCCCGUGCCGCCCCCCCGGGCCGCCCCCGUCCCCACUCACGCCCGCUCCCCGCAGCCCCAGCCCCUCUCCCCCGCCCCGGCUCGGGACGAGCUGCCCGACUGGAACGAGGUGCUCCCGCCCUGGGAUCGGGAGGAGGACGAGGUGUUUCCCCCGGGGCCCUACCACCCUUUUCCCAACUACAUCCGGCCGCGAACACUGCAGCCGCCCGCUGCCUCGCGCCGCCGCCACUACCACCACGCCCUGCCGCCUUCGAGCCACUAUCCCGACAGGGAGGCCCAGGCGCGGCGCGCUCAGGAGCAGGCGGAGGCAGAGGAGCGCCGGCUGCAGGAGCAGGAGGAGCUGGAGAAUUACAUCGAGCACGUGCUGCUCAGGCGCCCGUGA